AUGUCUUCUCUGUUAGAGUUGCAUUUGGCUUCUUGCGGAAUUUCUUCUCUCCCUCCAACUUCGCCAUUUUUAAAUAUUACACCACUUUCUGUGCUUGAUCUCUCUGGAAAUCCUUUAAAUACCUCAAUGCCUUCUUGGCUGUUCAACAUGAGUACCCUUACAGAACUCAAUCUUUACGCAUCAUCUCUAAUAGGUCCUAUUCCUUCUAUGUUUGGAAGAUGGAAUCUCUGCCAGAUUCAGUAUCUAGUCCUCGGUUUAAAUGAUCUAAUUGGUGAUAUAACCGAACUGAUAGAGGCAUUGUCUUGUAGCAACCAAAGCCUAGAGUUUUUAGAUUUAAGGUUUAAUCAACUAACUGGGAAAUUGCCUCAUUCAUUAGGGAAAUUUACUAGUUUGUUUUAUCUUGAUUUGUCAACAAACCCGGUGAACUCACACACGAUCUCAGGUCCUAUACCAACAUCUAUAGGAAACUUAUCAAAUCUUGUUUAUCUGAAUGUGGACAACAACAAGUUGAAUGGGAAAAUUCCGGAAAGCAUUGGUAAACUAACCAAUUUGCAUUCUCUACACCUACGCGAGAAUUAUUGGGAAGGUACACUUACAAACUUACAUUUCCAUAAUCUCACAAACCUGGUAUAUUUAUCUGUGUCAUCUAAAAAAAAUUCACUUUCUUUCAAAGUGACGAAUGAUUGGGUUCCACCUUUUAAGAAUUUAUUUCAUCUUGAAAUCAGUGGUUGUGAUGUUGGUCCAACAUUUCCUAACUGGCUUAGAGAGCUAAAUUCCUUGAAUGACAUAAUCCUAAAAAAUGCUGGAAUUUCUGGGAUAAUACCCCAUUGGCUUUACAAUAUGUCCUCCCAAAUUUCGCAGCUAGAUCUUUCUCACAACAAAAUAAGUGGUUACUUUCCCAAAAAAAUGAACUUCACUUCCUCAAAUUUACCUAGAGUUGACUUUUCUUUUAACCAGUUGAAGGGUUCAGUCCCACUUUGGUCAGGAGUGUCUGGUCUCUACCUAAGGAACAAUUUGUUAUCUGGGACAGUACCAACCAAUAUUGGCGAAGAAAUGUCAAAUUUAAUCGACUUGGAUCUUUCAAAUAACAACCUAAACGGGAGAAUCCCAAUCUCCUUAAAUGAGAUUCAAAAUUUAAAUCAUCUUGAUCUAUCCUACAAUUAUCUGUUUGGGGAAAUUCCUGAGUUUUGGAUGGGCAUGCAGAGUUUACAAAUUAUUGAUCUAUCAAAUAACAAUUUGUCAGAGUUAUUGUUACGAGGAAAUAUACUAACUGGAAGCAUUCCCAAAGAGUUAUGCGGUUUACGUUCCCUCCAUAUAUUGGAUCUUGCAGAAAACAAUUUGUCAGGAUCGAUACCAACAUGCUUUGGUGAUGUGGAAGGUUUCAAAGUACCACAGACAUACUUCAUUGAUUUGAUUUAUUCAAUUACAGAUGAUAGCAUUGUACCAUACACGAGGCACACAGAAUUGGUCAUAAACAGAAGAAUAGUCAAAUACUUGAAGCAAAUGCCGGUACAUUCGAUCAUUGAUCUCUCUAAGAAUUAUCUUUCUGGAGAGAUACCAGAGAAGAUAACACAGCUGAUUCACUUAGGUGCUCUGAAUUUGUCCUGGAAUCAGCUUACUGGGAAUAUACCCAAUAACAUUGGAUCACUAAUAGAUUUAGAAAAUCUUGACCUUUCACAUAAUAAUCUUUCAGGUCCAGUCCCUCCAAGCAUGGCUUCAAUGACAUUCUUGAGUCAUUUGAAUUUGUCAUACAACAAUCUUUCAGAACAAAUUCCGAUGGCUAAUCAGUUUGGCACCUUCAAUGAGCCAGCAAUCUAUGAAGGCAACCCGGGGCUUUGUGGGUACCCUGCCAACUAA